AUGUUCGAUGGCCCUGUGGAUGCGCUAUGGAUCGAGAGUAUGAACACCGUUUUGGAUGACAACAAGAAGCUAUGCUUGGUGAGUGGUGAGAUCAUUGCCUUGACGGCCAAGAUGCGCAUGCAGUUUGAAGUGGAAGAUCUGGAAGUGGCCUCGCCUGCGACGGUGUCGCGUUGUGGGAUGAUCUAUAUGGAACCAGAGAGUCUGGGCUUCCAACCCUUCUACGACUCGUGGCUCCAGACCUUGCCUGAGACGUUUUCAUUCAAGCCGGUGCUGGAACAGACCUUGCGCAAGCUCCUGGAGGAAUGUUUGGCUCCAUGCCUCAGUUACGCCCGGGCGACCAAGGCACAGAAAUCAGACCUCCACCGGGAAGCGAGUUUCGAUCGAUUUGCCAUGGCGAGCACGGCGCGAAGGACCUGGGAAUUGGAGAAUCAGGUGGUGCAGGUGGACGACAGUCAGAUUUACGCCUUCGAUCAGGCGGAACAGGACGCCAUCUUCGAAAAGAGACCCUGGAAGGAAGAUGUGAAUUUCUUCAAGUCCGUGCGGAUGUCUGCCAUUGCGAUGAUCAAAAUCGUGAUGCACGCCAAAUCGGGGGCACCACUGGAGGUCAUGGGCCUCAUGCAGGGGAAGGUCACCGCGGAUCGCGAAUUCAUCAUCAUGGACGCCUUUCCCUUACCAGUGGAGGGUACGGAGACCCGCGUGAACGCUGGCGCCGGAGCCAACGAGUUCAUGGUGACCUUCACUGAAACCUGUGAGCGCAUUGGCAAGGUGGAAAAUGUGUGUGGCUGGUACCAUUCCCAUCCUGGCUAUGGUUGCUGGUUGAGUGGCAUUGAUGUGCAAACUCAGAUGACGUACCAGCAGCACCAGGAGCCCUUCCUCGCAGUGGUGGUGGACCCUGUCAGGACCUGCGCCUCUGGGAAGGUCGACAUCGGUGCCUUCCGCACCUACCCCGCGGGCCACACACCGGCGGACGAAGGUCCAGGCGAGUAUCAGCCCAUUCCCUUGGACAAGAUCGAGGAUUUUGGCGUGCACUGCAAGCAGUAUUACAGUCUUCCUAUCGAAGUCUUCAAGAACAGCUUGGACAAUACCAUUUUGGAAUUGCUGUGGAACAAGUACUGGAUCGACACCCUAUCCAGCUCACCGCUGUUGCACAAUCGAGGCUUUUGUAAUCAGAUGAUCCAAGACUGUGUGCAGAAGAUGGAUCAGGUCGACAUGGCUUCGGCCUCCCAAAGCCGUUUCCGGGUGCUGCAUGAGCCGCGCGGACGACGCAAGGACGACCUGUUGACCAAGGUGGCCAUUGAUGCAGCGAAGAAUGCGGGUGAGCAGGUGCAGGGCCUCACAUCGCAGGUGGUGAAGUUCGCCCUUUUCCAAGGCCGCGCCUGCGGCUGCCGGGCAGCCGAAGCGGCUGAAGCGGAGCCGGGGCCGACGCCCAUGGAGAGCUGAGGACCAACACGACCGGUGCGCCAUGGACGGCGAAGGGAAGGAACCAAAA